AUGUCACUCAGAAGCAAAAUAUUGUUGGGUUACGAUAAUAUGUUACACAAUAUAUAUUAUUAUUCAUAUGACUAUUGGUCUGAUAUUCAGGACCCGCGAACCAAACACUUGCCAUUUAUAAACUGUGGACCACUCGUUCCCAUUAUAUUUCUAGCACUUUAUUAUUAUGUAAUCCGUAUAUAUUUACCGCGACAUAUGGCUAAUCGUGAACCGUAUAACUUAAAGAAACUAAUUUUAACUUACGAUUUAUUGAUGUCUUUAUUUAAUUUGUGUGCAUUUGUUGAGGUAUUCAAUCACAUAGAUUACGGCCGAGUAUUCCUUAAAUUCGAUUAUCCGAUGGACAAGACAUCAAACAUUGAAAUCAAAGAAAAAAUUGUUAUCGGUCAUCUCUAUUUGUUAUCAAAAUUUAUGGAUUGGUUCGACAGUUUAUUCUUUGCUCUCCGCAAAAAGUUUUCUCAUUUAUCACUAUUACAUGUCUACCAUCACAUGUCGGUCCCAUUUUUUGGUUGGCUAUUAAUCAAGAUGUGUCCAUUUAUGCCGGGCAUAUAUUUAUUUAUAUUAAUGAAUACAUUUAUCCACUUUUUAAUGUAUGGCUACUAUUUUUUGUCGGCAUUUGGACCGAAAGUUCAAAAGUAUUUGUGGUGGAAACGGUAUAUAACUCAACUUCAAUUGGCACAGUUCCUCAUAUUAGGUGCUUAUGUUUUUAUGUUAGCUUUCUUUCAAAGAGGUUAUCCAUAUUUAUGGAUAGUCGACCCGCGGACCAAACACUUACCACUUGUAAACUAUGGACCACUCGUUCCCAUUAUAUUUCUAUCACUUUAUUAUUAUGUAAUCCGUAUAUAUUUGCCGCGACAUAUGGCUAAUCGUGAACCGUAUAACUUAAAGAAAUCAAUUUUAACUUACGAUUUAUUGAUGUCUUUAUUUAAUUUGUGUGCAUUUGUUGAGGUAUUCAAUCACAUAGAUUACGGUCGAGUAUUCCUUAAACUCGAUUAUCCGAUGGACAAGACAUCAAACAUUGAAACUAAAGAAAAAAUUGUUAUCGGUUAUCUCUAUUUGUUUUCAAAAUUGAUGGAUUGGUUUGAUAGUGUAUUUUUUGCUUUGGGCAAAAAGUUUUCUCAUUUAUCACUAUUACAUGUCUACCAUCACAUGUCGGUCCCAUUUUUUGGUUGGCUAAUAAUCAAGAUGUGUCCAUUUAUGCCGGGCAUAUAUUUAUUUAUAUUAAUGAAUACAUUGAUUCACUUUUUAAUGUAUGGCUACUAUUUUUUGUCGGCAUUUGGACCGAAAGUUCAAAAGUAUUUGUGGUGGAAACGGUAUAUAACUCAACUUCAAUUGGCACAGUUCCUCAUAUUAGGCGCAUAUGCUUUAAUGUUGGCUUUCUUUCAAAAAGUUAUUUAA